UAUCGACGACCGACAGACAUCGGUCGAGUAGCUAUUUAAUUUUUCAAAUAAUUUAUUUAUUUUUCUACUAAUUAUCCCAGUACUUAAUUUGCCUGAAAUGCUACCAAUUUGUUGACAAUAUUAUCACUAGUCAGGCGACCGUAUGUACAUGAAAAUAAUAUAAAAUGUCAUUAGAACAAACUGCUUGUGAUGAUCUUAAGGCUUUCGAGCGGCGCCUUACUGAAGUAAUAGGAUGUCUCCAGCCAGCCACUAUGAGAUGGAGAAUUCUACUGGCAGUGGUGUCAGUCUGCACAGCCAUUGCAGCCUGGCAUUGGCUGACUGAUCCUCUCACUCCAGUGGUUUCCCUCACUCAGUCAUUAUGGAAUCACCCAUUCUUUGCUUUCACAUCUACUUUCUUAGUGUUAUUGUUCAUGAUGGGAGUCCAUAGAAAGGUGAUAGCCCCAAGCAUCAUCACAGCCCGGACACGGUCCGUACUGAAUGACUUCAACAUGUCGUGUGAUGACACCGGCAAGCUGAUACUCAAACCUCGCCCGGCUACCUAAACUCCCCUUUGUAUGUAAUUGUAAAUAUUACUUAAGAAUAAAUUGUUUUAAUUUUAUUUCCUUUCUUCAUCAUCACACCAUGGUUUGGGGGGUGGCAUCAUAUUGGUAGGCAUUAUACUAUCAGGCUUCUGCUGAGAAAGGCUUAAAUUUUAACUAGUCAAAUAUUUACUACUACUACUAUUUCAGAAAUAAGCACACUUUCAAAAAGGUUUAAAAUCCUGUAUUGAUUAAUAAAAAAACUCAAAUCUAUUUAAAGUUUAUUAAUAUUACUUAUAACUUUGGUGUUUUUAUUAUAUACAAUAAAUAAAUCGUAAUUAAACUAGGUUUACCACAGAAACCACAUUAAAUGAUUAACAGAAACAGUACAGACUCAAGAUCAACAAAACCUAAUUGCAUUUGCUAAAUAUUUGGCUAAAUUGACAACAAAUUAAAUAUUUUUGUGUUAAAUGAAUCAGUUAUUGCUUUAUAGAAUCUGUGCUGCUUUUUUCUACCAUAUCUUUUUAUAUUCCUUAUUUAUAAUUUAGACAUCCGAAACGCCAUGGAUGAAGAUCAUAGCAGGUAUAUUUUCACUUUACAAAAUAAUGUUAAUUAAAAAUGAGCUUUAGUUUUUCCUGUUGACACACAUUAUACUGACAACAUAAAAGCUGUUACAGUCAUUAGACGGCAGUAGGAAGUCGUAAAAGUCAUGUCAGAUGCCUUUAGGCGACUUGAAUAAAAUCUGAAACUAGUGUUAACCAUAACACACUCUAUAUUAUAGCUGUAACAGUGAGUUGUGUGUUAAUUUGUUGAUGCUAUAAAGCUCAAAUUUGAAUUGAAUAUAAUUUUACCGGGUGGGUGGUGUGUAUAAAUCUGUUACAGCCUUUAUUCUUCAUUCAUAUCCAAUAAAACUUCUACAAUCAUAAGCAUUUAUUUCGCUUUGCUAACACUAAUAUGCUCACACUAUGUUUAGACUCAACUUGGAGUUACUUCUGGAAUCAUCUAAAUGGAAUUAUUUUAGAAAACUUACAAUUUAUUAAAAAAUAUUGUAGGAAAUAUGACAAGUACCUAUUUAUAAAAAAUCAUUUUGACUUAUCAAUUCCCAUUCUAAAUGCAAUUCAUAGCGAGCAAGAGUAUUUUACGACUUACAAGCAACAAUCAUAAGAUAAGCGAUAUUUCAACAAUGAGUGCCGUUUGUGCAAGGUAACAAAGUUUUAACAUUCGUAUCAUUGAUUCGUCAUCAAUUCUAAAUAAAUUUAAUGUGAUGUUGGGCCAUAGUGCAUUUUUG